GUCAAAUUCGUGUCACUCUCUAUUGUCAAAUUCUUGUCACUCUACAUUGUCAAAUUUGUGUCACUCUCUUUUGUCAAAUAUGUGUCACUCUGUAUUGUCCAAUUUGUGUCACUCUAUAUUGCCCAAAAUUUGUCACUCUAUAUGUUAAAUAUGUGUAGUGAAUUUUUAAUCAAAAUCAAAUGAAAACGCCCUGCAUAAUUAUUAUGUUGAAAAUUUUGAAAUUUAAGUAGACUCUUAAUUGAAAUCAGUAGGUCUUCACUAGUUAAUGAAUCAGUGGGUCUUCACUAGUUAAUGAAUCAGUAGGUCUUCACUAGUUAAUGAAUCAGUAGGUCUUCACUAGUUAAUUAAUCAAUAGGUCUUCACUAAUUAGUCUGAUUCAUUUAUCCUUAAAAAUAAAAAAAAAUAAAAUGUAUUUAAAGUUUUGUUCUCAACAUUGUGUUCAUUUAUUACAGGACAUCCACAUUCCUUGUUCAUGUAGAAGUAUGUUAGAGUUUGUAUCUGACAAGAAGAAUGGGUGUACUGUAGACACUUGCAUCUUACUGCUACUUAAGGUUGUUGAAAUGGUGCAACACUUCCAUGAACUGUCAUUUGUGUUAGGUGACAUCAGAGCCUCAUUAAUCUACGUAGAGAACAAAGAUGGAGAUUUCAAGGUUAUUAUCAUUUAAAAUAUAUUAACUGAUGAAACUAUGGGUAUCAUUUUGGAAAAAGAAUAAUGGCAUCCAUUAAAAUUUCAGGUUUUAGUAAAUUGUUAAUGCAUACUUUGUACUUUCAUCUACAUGUAAUUAAACCGAAUUGCAAAAUUUUACUUGAUUAUACAUUACAAACAUACUUCGUGUUCAAAUACAGAUUAAAUAUUCCAAACAUAAUCAAUGUUCCGAUACAGAUUAUAUAUUCAAACAUACUCCACAUUCCAAUACAGAUUAUAUGUUCCAAAAAUACUCCAUGUUUCUAUACAGACAAUAUAUUCAAAACAUACUCCAUGUUUCUAUACAGAUUAUAUAUUCCAAACAUACUACAUGUUUCUAUACAGAUUAUAUAUUCCAAACAUACUCCACAUUCCAAUACAUUAUAUAUUCAAACAUACUCCACAUUCCAAUACAGAUUAUAUGUUCCAAAAAUACUCCAUGUUUCUAUACAGACAAUAUAUUCAAAACAUACUCCAUGUUUCUAUACAGAUUAUAAAUUCCAAACGUACUCCACCUUCCUAUACAGAGUAUAUAUUCCAAACAAUCUCCACAUUCCAAUACAGAUUAUAUAUUCCAAACAUACUCCACAUUCCAAUACAGAUUAUAUAUUCCAAACAUACUCCACAUUCCAAUACCGAUUAUAUAUUCUAAACAUACUCCAUAUUCCAAUACAUAUUAUAUAUUCCAAAAAUGCUCCACAUUCCAAUGCAGAUUGUGUAUUCGAAACAUACUCCACAUUCCAAUACAGAUUAUAUAUUCCAAACAUACUCCACAUUCCAAUACAGAUUAUAUUUUCCAAACAUACUCGACAUUCCAAUAUAGAUUAUAUAUUCCAAACCAUAUGUUUCUAUACAGAUUAUAUGUUCCAAACGUACUCCACAUUCCAAUACAGAUUAUAUAUUCCAAAAAUACUACACAUUCCAAUACAAAUUAUAUAUUCCAAACAAUCUCCACCUUCCAAUACAGAUUAUAUAUUCCAAACAUACUCCACAUUCCAAUACAUAUUAUAUAUUCCAAACAUACUCCAUAUUCCAAUACAGAUUAUAUAAUCCAAACAUACUCCAUAUUCCUAUACUGAUUAUUACAUUCAAAACAUACUCCAUGUUUCUAUACAGAUAAUAUAUUCCAAACACACUCCGUGUUCCGAAAUUGAUUUUGCAGAUUAUAUAUUCCAAAAAUACUCAGAGUUCCCAUACCAAUUUUGCACUUGAUGACCUGUUUGUGCUAGUGCCAUUAGUCAUAGUUUGUUUAAAAAAUGGAUUGCCAAGAUUUAAAAUCACGACCAUAAUAUACCAUAACAAAAAUUCAAAUGUAACUUCAAAUUAAUCAUCUAAAACAAUAUAUGCAUUGUUUGUGUAAAUAAAUAUUCUUUGGAGGUUUAUCUUUGAGACAAUUUUUUUACAAAUAUUUGUUAUUUAUUAAUACCGAAAAUCUCAGACAAAUUAAAGCAUACAAAAUUGUAACCAUUAACAUUAUAUUUCCUGCUUAGCUCUAUCCUGUCUCGCUACAAUAUCUCUGUGACAAGACUGGUCAAAAUUUUACAAGUAACCAACUGAAACCACCGUACCAAUGUGUCACCUUCAUAAGGUAGGCCCAAUUGUUCUAUUUACCAUCUUACCAAAGUCGUGUCACCUUCAUAAGGUAGGCCCGAUUGUUCCAUUUACCAUCUUACCAAAGUGUCACCUCCACAAGGUAGGCCCGAUUGCUCCAUUUUGGGCUGUUAUUAUUGAACGAGAUUAUCCAGGCUUUCAUAGUUUUAAAUAAUUCAAAGAAAAGAUUUUGAGAGAAUAGGAUGUAAAACUGUUAGCAUCUUGACUGCUCUAGAAUGAGUCCAUUGUCGUAUUUCUGGGAUUUCCAUCUGCAUCUAAGGCAUAUCCAACAAUAUAAAUUGUUUUAUUAAUUUUGUCAAUUGAAUGAUUAAUGUUGUCAGUUGAUUGAUUAAUGUUGUCAAUUAUUUUUUAAUGUUGUCGAUUGAUUAAUGUUGUAAAAGGAUUGAUUAAUGAUGUCAAUCGUUUUAUUUUUUACAUGUUAUAUAUUUUAAAUGAUUAGACCAAACCUAGAUGUGUGGUAUAAUUAUAUUGCCCAUGGUUCAUCUAUGGGCAGCAAUUUUUGCCCUGGUUGGUCUCCAGACAUGUUAAUGCCACAGAUUUCGAAUGUGGACGUGGGGGGGGGCGGCGUUAGAUAGAUAAGUGAAGUUGAAAGCUCUAAUAUUUUGUGAGUUUUUAAUGACCUCAAAUUUUUCAGAGCUGCUCCAGAGUUUAAAGAAAAUGGCGUUUGCAAUGCUAGUACGGAUAUCUUCAACAUUGGAGCUUUAAUGAUGGAUGUAUUUGCGGCGCUUAGCUCUGGUAUUGAAUUUCAAAAUGAAGAUUGUCUGAAUUAUAUCCCCCUUGCUGACAUUAUGGUGAGAAUACCCACUUGAUUUCCUGUCCUUGUUUCUAGAGGUCAAAAAUGUUGACCUUUCAAAUUCUAUGACAUAGCUGUAAUGUAUGACUCAUUUAUUGAAUUAUUAUUGUGGGGAUUGUGGAAUCAUUAUAAUUAAGUUGACUAUUUUUAGCGCAAUUAGAACAUUUCAAUUAGGAAAUCUUAAUAACGUGGUAAAAUUGAAGGAAAAACUAAAUGCCUGACUAGUUAUCCAACCUUUAAAUUUGCAAUAUUAACAAAAUGCUCUGACUAACAUUAAACUUAACACAAUGCUCUGACUAACCCUAACCUUAACAAAAUGGUCUGACUAAUCCUCAACCUAACGCAGUGCUAUGACUAACCAGGUUAAAAAUAUUCUGUGUAAAUUCAGAAUAACGCAAUCUCACACAGCAUCUAUAGCAGGGGUGGGCAAACUGUCUGUGCGUCGGGCCACAUUGACAAAUAAAAAGCUAUUGGAGGGCCGCAUAUAUAUUUUGCCAUAUUAGCAUUACAUUAAGAAGGUCAAGGACUGUUUACAAAAAUAGAAUGGAAAGAGAAUUGAUUAAAACCUGUUAAAACAAUCAUGUGAUUCUGUAAAAUUCAACAAGAUAACUUAAAAACGAAGUGAUUUUUUUUAUUUCUAAAUGCAAAAUUGGAACGUAAAAAUCGAAAAGAAGAUUCGACCAAAUUUCCGUUCAAUCAUAUUACCGUCUUAACCUUAGAUGUAUCAAAGAGGCUGAUUCUGCAUUUGUGUUAUCACGCAAUGCUCUCAUGGUGGGUCUCCCAGUUACGCUCCUGGAUAAAAUUCAAAUAGCACAGAAUAAUGCGGCUCGCAUUGUUCUUCGCAAACGCAAAUUCGACCAUGCUAAAACACUUCUGAGGGAGCUGCACUGGCUGCCGGUCCACGCUCGCAUAGAGUAAAAAAUUGCAACUUUGUGCUACCGCUGCUUACAUGACCUGGCGCCAUCUUAUCUCAAAGCACUCAUGACGCCUUAUGUACCCACUAGAGAGCUCCGCUCAUCCGAUAGUGGCAAAAAAUUGAUACCAUGUGUUUGCCUUGAGAUUUACGGAAAGUGCACUGUUGCAUUUGCCGGCCCAACAAUUUGGAACGCACUUCCAGUCGCUCUCAAAAACAGCCAGACACUGGAGUCCUUUAAAACCGAUUUAAAAACACAUCUAUUUAGCAAACACCUUCUGGGGUGAUGCUAUCUACCAUCUUCUUCAGUUAAUGUAUAUGGGCUUGUGUUGCUUAUGGUUGAAACGGGAUGAAAGACUUUGACUGGCUAUGCUCGUAUGUAGCUUUAAAAUGUUUUUAAAUGUGGUAAAUUUUAGAUUGUGUUUAUUUCUCUUUUUAAUAUGGUUCACUUUGUACCGCGUUUCGAGCUUUUGGGGAUGAAACGUGUUUUUCAAAUAAACUUUAUUAUUAUUAUUAUUAUUAUUAUUAUUAUUAUUAUUAUUAUCAUGAGUUAACACCAGCAUAUUUGAGGCGUAAACUCAGCCUAAAUGAGGGGUAAAAUAAAUAUAAUUGAGGGGUAAAAUAAGUACAAUUGAGGGGUAAAUCAGCACAAUUGAGGGGUGAAAUUUGCAUAAUUGAGGGGUAAAAUAAGUAUUAUUGAUGGGUAAAAUAAGUAUAAUUGAGGGUAAACUCAGCAAAAAGGAGGGGUAAACUCAGCAUAAGUGAUGUGUAAAAUAAAUAUAAUUAAGGGGUAAAAUUAGAUACCAAUAAAAGUUAUUUCUUUAUCGGGGCACAGAUUCCAGUGUGAGAGGAAAUAUUCUCCUAUAAUCUAUACUUAAGGAAAUGCUCUCUAUAAUCUAUACUUGAGGAAAUCUUCUCUAUAAUCUAUACUUGAGGAAAUGAUCUCUAUAAUCUAUACUUGAGGAAAUGUUCUAUAUAAUCUAAAGAGAGAACAAGAGCACAGACCAGAGUUUUUGUAGCGAUAACUGUGAGGUAGUGGCGGAUGGAACUGAUCUGAUGGAUAGCGGUGUAUGCCGAACGACAAAUGUGAGAGAUAUGUUUAUCGAGAGACAUGUUGUUAGACAGAAUAUAACCAAGAUUCCUAGUAGAGGGUGUAAACAGUAUGUCGGAGUUACCUACUUGAAAUGAGGUGGGAAGAGUUGAGGUAGAGGAUAAUGUGUGAUUGUGAAUGAGGAGUGCUUCCGUUUUGUCAUCAUUGAGCUUCAACUUGCUGAGUGUCAUCCAUGACUUGACAUCAUCAAUGCACCCCCGCAAAGUCUGGACAGCGGAAUCGACAAGAGAGGGAUGGGUAUGCUUGUAUAGCUGCGUGUCAUCUGCAAAUGACUGGCUCUCCACAGCAUGCCUCCCAAGCAAGAGGAGCAGUGGUCUGGUAUACAAUGUGAAUAGAACCGGGCCUAAAACGGACCCCUGUGGCACUCCGUACACCAAAUCAGCACUGCCUGAGAGACAGCCAUCUUCAGCGACCGCCUGCGUUCUAUCAGAGAGGUAGGACCUAAACCAAGCCAAAACUGAACCAGAAAUUCCAAACUAAUUUUCAAGGAUUAAAAAGGAUUACAUGGUCAACAGUGUCAAAGGUUGCACUGAGGUCUAAGAGGAUCAGGAUGGAGAUAUCACCACUGUCCAAUGCGAGCAAGAGUUCAUUGGUCACUCUCAAGAGAGCCGUCUCUGUGCUGUGGAAAUGUAUAUAGGCCGACUGAUUAGAACUGAGAAGAGAGUGGUCAAUUAAAUAAGCAAAUAGUUGUUUUAGAAAUAGUUUUUCAAUAAUUUUAGAUAAAAGUGAUAAGUUAGAUACAGGUCUAUAAUUUUUUAAAAUUAUUUUCAUCCAGACCAGGCUUCUUAUGCACUGGUUUGAUGACAGCUGAUUUACAAAGAGGGGGAACAGUUCCAGAAGACAAGCUUUCAUUGACUAUAUGGGUUAUCGUUGGGGAGCAAAUGAUCUAAUAACUCAACCAACAGGAGGGUGGGGGUGGGAUCCAAAUAACAUGACGUAGAUUUAGAUUUUGAAAUUAUACUUUUGACCUCAAGUUCUGAAACAAGUUUAAAAAUAUCCUGAUGCUUGACUAUCAAAUAAAGAAUUGGAUGGGAGUUGAGGAUGCUACAACAGAAUUCAAUUUUUUUUCUUAUUUCCACAGUUAAUCAGGAUCAUUAUGUAUCUAAUGGUUUAAGAUAUCGCUAUAUAUGUAAUAUAGCUGAAGUUACCACUUUGUAUGUAAUAUGGCUUAAGAUACCCCUAUGUAUGUUAUAUGGAUAAGUUAACACUAUGAGUGUAAUAAGGUUUAAGUUAUCACUAUGUGUGUAAUAUAGCUUAAGAUACCACUCUGUGUGUAACAUGGCUUAAGUUACCAACAUGUGUGUAAUAUGUCUGAAGAUACCACUAUGCAUAUAAUGGUCUAAGAUUUUUAAAAUUUAAUUAAAUCAUGUCAUUGAAGGUUUUCUUCUUUUGAUUUAUUCAGGAAAGUGAAAUCUCUGCUGCUGUUUUUACCAAACCACUCCAAUGCCCAACCACUUUAUUUCAUUUGAUUCAAAAUUGAAUGCAUGUGAAACCAAGAAAAAGGCCAACCACUGGACAUAU